AUGAUUACGCUGCCUCUGGCAAAGAUAUCUGAAGCCCGAGAUGCGGAGCCGAGUGAGACCAAAUUUAGCUGGACUCACCAGACGCAGGAUCUUGUUGUGGUCUUUGACAACUAUGGUCACGGAAGCUCAGCCCAGCUGCUCAAGGUCGUGCAAGGCACACAUGUCAGACACUUGAUCGAGAUUGAGCGUCUCGUCAAUCAAGGUAACGAUUUAGAAAGAACGUUGCGAGAGCACGGUGCGGAGGUCAAGCGUGACAAGCUGCCAAUUUCGGCGCUUGUCCGAUGUCCUCUCCUGGCACUUAGCUGGCAUUUGCCUGACAAGAAGAUACGCAGACUUCAGCUCAAAUUCAAGCACGACAGCGACUAUGACACGGCCUACAAGCACCUCCUUCAACUUGGCCUGCACAUGGAUACGACCAAUGCAGGCCAGUCGCGCUCAUCAUCAAACAAAAAGUCUUCCGCCGCAUCCACUCCAUCCAAGCCUCCCCAUGGACCCGUAGAGCAGACUGCAGUGCUUUCUUGUCCUCCGUCUAGGCUAACUGACAUCUCCAAUCGACCGUACACUGCGCUCACUGCACCUACAUCGAUUGAAUCGCAUUUGCAAGAAGCUGCUCACAAUCGGCCAUCAUCUGCUUAUACCGGUCAUGCUGGUAAUGCUCUUAACACAAGCAUGUCGUUCUCGGGACCUCUCCAGCCUCCAGAGUACUUUGCAAGGCCAGCAUCACUAACUUCGAGUGCCCUCGACCAAUCAAGUGCGAUGUAUUCUUCGCGCGAUCGCCCAUCAACAGGUGCUGAUGCUGAGCACAACACGUCCAACGAUCGCCCGGGGACUGGCAUGCUCUUUGGUCGCCCUGAUCCUGCUGAAGCAGUCUUACCGCCUCGACUCGACACAGAGGUCCAGAAGAUUGGUAUGCAUGAGACCGAGUCCGAUGAUAGUCUCGCGGCUUAUGCCAUGCAAUCUGAAGAAAGUCGCCGAGCGGCGUUGAAUGAGUUCAUCUUCCGCAAUCUGGAGGAUGACAACUUCGUCACUCUUCUCGAAGACAUGGAGACAUGCUGGGCUCGAUCCGGCUUGGGUAUGAGAUGA